UAUCAGAGGGGUCAGAGAAUAUUGCAAAAAAAGGAAGGAGGGAAGUAUUCUGCAGUGUGAGGUGUGGAGUUGCCAAGAGGCGGUCUGAAGGCUCUGCUUCUCAGCACACCAAUAGUAAACUUAAUGGGAGACAGAGAGAGGGGUGUGUAAGCAAACUUGAGCAAACACUGAGCUCUCUGCUGGUUGGGAUGCUUCAAAGCUCAGAAGAUGAAUAACCCUAAUCUUCAAGGUGGUCACAUCUUGGAGACAUCUAGCAACAGGAAAACUUCUGUGAGGAAAGCUACUGUGAGCUCCUACAAGAGCAACAGAGCCGGGAUUUCCUUCCAUUCUUUAAAAUUUCUCACUGGCAUCUUCUUUAUGCUCUUGGGCCAAAGUGGGCUACUCCUGGGACACCCACAGUGCCUCGAUUAUGGUCCUCCUUUCCAGCCUCCCUUCCACCUGGAGUUCUGCUCUGCCUAUGAAACUUUUGGUUGUUGCGAUCAGGACAAAGACAAUACGAUUGCAGCCAAAUACUGGGAGGUGAUGGAUUAUAUCGAUCCGCAGGCUCACAAAUUGUGUGGAGGAUAUAUCAAAGAUAUUUUAUGCCAGGAAUGCUCACCCUACGCAGCUCAUCUUUAUGAUGCUGAGAAUCCUCAGACGCCCCUGCGGAACCUGCCUGGGCUUUGCUCGGACUACUGUUCAGAGUUCCACCUCUACUGCCGUUCUGCCAUCACGUUGCUUACCGAUGACAAACACAUCCAGGAAUGCUGCGAGAGGAACAAGACCCGCUUCUGCAACCUGCUUAACAUCCAGGAUGAAGACUAUUGCUUCCCCGACGUGCUGAAAAACACAGACCUGAACCGUAACCUGGGCUCUGUGGUGGAGGACAAGAAAGGUUGCCUUCAGCUGUGCCUAAAAGAGGUGGCCAAUGGACUGAGGAAUCCUGUGCUGAUGGCGCACGCGAACGACAACACCUAUCGCAUGUUUGUGGCUGAACAAGUGGGCAUCAUCUGGGUCUUUCUUCCAGAUGGAAGUCGCCUGGAAGAGCCUUUUCUGGAUAUUAAGAACAUGGUGCUGACCACCCCCUGGUUAGGAGAUGAAAGAGGUUUCCUCGGGAUGGCCUUCCACCCCAAAUACAAGGACAAUGGGAAAUUCUACAUUUAUUACUCCUACCAGGACAAGAAAAAGGUGGAGAAAAUCAGGAUCAGUGAAUUAAGAGUUUCCACGUCAGAUGUCAACAAGGCUGAUGCAAGCACAGAAAGGAGUCUCUUAGAAAUCGAAGAACCAGCCGCAAACCAUAAUGGGGGACAGAUCCUCUUUGGCCUGGAUGGCUACAUGUACCUGUUUACAGGGGAUGGAGGGAAAGCCGGGGACCCUUUUGGUAAAUUUGGGAAUGCUCAGAACACGAGUAGUUUACUAGGAAAGGUUUUGCGGAUCGAUGUGGAUGGAAGAAGUUCUGACGGGAAGCCUUACCGCAUCCCCUCUGACAAUCCUUUUGCCUCUGACCCUCAAGCUCUCCCAGAAGUCUAUGCCUAUGGGGUGAGGAACAUGUGGCGUUGCUCUGUGGACAGAGGUGACCCGCUCAGUCGCAAAGGGAGGGGGAGAAUUUUCUGUGGAGAUGUUGGCCAGAACAAGUAUGAAGAAGUGGACAUAAUUGUUAAAGGCGGGAACUACGGCUGGAGAGCUAAGGAAGGCUUUGAGUGCUAUGACAUCAAGCUUUGCCAAAAUUCCUCCUUAGAUGAUAUACUUCCAAUAUUUGCCUACAGCCAUUCAGUGGGAAAAUCAGUCACUGGAGGUUAUGUGUAUAGAGGAUGUGAGUCUCCAAACCUGAAUGGCCUAUACAUUUUUGGUGAUUUUAUGAACGGUCGGCUUAUGGCUUUGCAAGAAGAUGAGAGAGCAAAUCAAUGGAAGAAGCAAGACAUUUGUAUUGGUAGCACUAAAGCCUGUGCCUUUCCAGGGAUGGUCAGCUCUUACAGCAAAUACAUCAUUUCUUUCGCUGAGGAUGAAGCAGCUGAGCUCUAUUUUAUGGCUACGUCCUACCCCAGUGCCUUUGCGCCACAUGGAUCGAUAUACAAAGUUGUGGAUCCUGCAAGGAGAGCUCCACCAGGGAAAUGUAAACAGAAGCCUAUUCCAGUGAAAACAAAGAGUAAGCGAAUCCCAUUCAUUCCCCGUGCAAAAACCGUCCUUGAACUGCUUAAAGAGCGUCUUACAACCCGUCCCCCCAAAACAGCCUUCAAUGCUACCGAACUGCCCCCAAAUUCUUCCACUCCAAGAUCCAAGAAGCCUGCCUCCCACAAAGACCCUACUAAACGUAAGGCAGCGAAGGCUCCCAGGUCUGGCAGAAAGCAGCAAACGACCCAAACCCCCAAGGCCCGGGGAUCCAAGACAAAGUCGGACAGAACGGCGCAAAAGGCUCCACGGGUCUCGAAAGCGACGGUGACAACCUCCCCGCCAAAGAAAAAAGGCUCCCGGUUAACCAGAGCCCAAAAGAAACAGGUUGCAAAGCUGAGGUCAGCGGCUAAGGAGAAAUUCAGAAGAAGACAAGAAAGGGGGCCAGCUUAAGAAGUGCUGCUUGAACUUCCAGUAUACACCAGAGUUAUGUGAAUGUAGAUGAAGUUGCUGGGCAACUUGCUUCUGUACCGCUCUUAGUAAGAGAGUGAGAUCAGUGUGUAGUUUACACGCCAAAUAAAUAUAUAUAUGUAUAUGAAUGAAAGCAUUCCGCUCCAGGAAAAGCAAGCAGCUGCUAGCCCACUGUGACAGAUGCAGCACAUUCGCUUAAUGAGGAGUUUAAAUGCCCCAGAUGGAUUCCAGGUUGUUGCUUUGCAGAAAUCUUACUCCGAUGACCGGUUUAAGGAGGUGACGCAGUGGCCAUUUACAGCAGCAUAGUUCUACAGGAAUGUCAGUGGGAUUGCUUUGGCUGUGUGAAGCAGCAAGUGAUUUGCACCCUCUUCGGGAAAUUCAGUUUCCCCAUCGACUUGCAUGGCAAAGAAAAGAUGGCAAGGUUAAGAAGUCUGUGGUACUUUUGUCUCGGGGAGAGUAAGGCUGUAUCUCAAAAGGUUAGUAAGCAAGGAACAUUGGCUGCAUUUCAAUGGCUGAACAGUCUAAUAAAAUGCAAAUCUUCUAAGGAAUUAACUACAGGGAGCAGAAUUAACUAAAUCGCCCAGUCUGAUAUUUUGAUGGGCAGUUGAUUUUCUAUUAUCAGUUGCAACAUACAUUCUAAAGCACAUGUAUUUUCUCUCUCCCUAUAAUAAAAUACUGGAUGAGAACAAAUAAAUCAAAGUGCGUCUAUUUGUGUGGUUCUCUUGCAAGGCAAAAAAUGUUUCAACAAAAGCACUUAAAUGCUGCGACCUUUUGUUGUAGGUCUCACCUGGUCACUUUAUUAGACAACAUCCUACCAACACCCAACGCGGGUGUACAAUAUUCCUGGACACCUGGGAUUCAGAUCAUACUAUCAUAGAUACAAAUUCCAAAUGCACCAGUAUUGGGGGGUGGGUGGGUAUUCACCUGUGUUUGGAUAUGGGUAGGAGAGGAACAAUUAGGAUAAUAAGCUAUGCUUUGCAGUAAACCUUAUGCCUAGUAGUGGGCAAGGACUUAAGAAUGACUUUGCAGGGCCAGACUAAGGCCAUCCCUAAAUCAAGCAAGGCAAGGAAGGCAUCUUUGCUGCCUCCUUUAUUUUUUCACGUUAUGACUGCCAUAUUUCCAGUGCAUUUACAGCCUGUUCCACCACACUAAUGUAUGACUUGUAGGAACGGAUGCAUCUCUCAUUCAGCACUAUACAACUAGAUAAUGUAUCCUUAUUUAGAAAAAAAAAUACAAAUCACUUAAUAAAAAAUACCUAAGCAGGUUACAUGACUCUGUAAAACAACUAGCCAUGAAACACAGAUAAAACCUGCAAAUGUUAAAAACCAUUAUACAUAACUAAACAAUGUCUGGAAGAGACAUGCUGCUAUAAAAAAAAGCUUUUAGCUGCCAUCUAACACAGAAAAAACGUCAAAACAAAUUCAAUAUCUUUACUACUGAGAAUCAUUCAUGUAUAAUUACUUAUGUACCUGUUAUACACACUGACGAUC